GAACACAGGCCGCAGUGAUUUGGUAGCCGCUGCAGUAGGAGGAAGGACCGCGGUUCUACCCCUUCUAUCUUUCAGUUUCGUCUCGAAAUUUUAUCGGUGGUGCUUUCUGUUAGCGAUCAGUAAAUUGAGUGUACAGUAACGGUGUUCUAUGAUAACUAACUCGUAGUAUUAUCAACGGACAGUGAUACCAAUCGCCAUUUUAAUCGCACGUUUUCCCUGACAGAAGCGCUAGCACAACAAUGGCUCUGAAAAGAAUUCACAAGGAGUUGAACGACUUGGCACGGGAUCCGCCAGCCCAGUGUUCUGCAGGACCAGUAGGAGAUGACAUGUUUCACUGGCAAGCCACAAUAAUGGGACCUAAUGACAGUCCUUACCAGAGCGGGGUUUUCUUCUUGACCAUACACUUCCCCACAGACUACCCCUUCAAACCGCCAAAGGUUGCAUUUACCACAAGAAUCUACCACCCAAAUAUCAACAGCAACGGCAGCAUUUGUCUUGACAUUCUGCGAUCACAGUGGUCUCCGGCUCUCACCAUCUCCAAAGUCCUCCUGUCCAUCUGCUCUCUGCUGUGUGACCCAAACCCGGAUGACCCCUUAGUACCUGAGAUCGCCCGCAUCUACAAGACGGACAGGGAAAAGUACAACAAAAUAGCUCGGGAAUGGACACAAAAGUAUGCAAUGUAGUGUUGGGGUAGAAUCAUGGCCAACCACCUCUACGAAAUAAGGUUAGGGGAGCUUCAGAUGUAAAGAGAAAACAAACAAAAAACCAUUCAAACAAAUGAAAAGUUUAAAACAAGAUCUUGUUGGUUUCCAUUGGAGUGCUUUCUUUGAGCCACGCCUCCCCUUCACCAGAGUACCUGUAAAACUCCCUCUGCCCCACCUCCUCCCUCCCUCUCUUUCUCUCUUCUUUCUCUCCCUCUGUUUGGCUCUGUCUCCCUUCCCCACCCUCCUCCUCCCCUCCUGCCUCUCAGCUCACCUGCCCACCCUCCAAUGUACAUAUUGUCAACUUGCAAUGGUAAUACCCAUCUCCCCCUACUCCUUUUUCACCUCCUCCUCCCUCCCUCGUGACCUCUGGCCCCGUCUCCUGACUUCUGUAUUCCGUUACAUUUUGUCACCAUGCAGGUUGGACUGUUGCGGCCCCCUCUCCAACUCCUCCUUUUUCCUACACACACACCUGCAUCCUCACCCACCCUCCCCCAGACGUUAAUCACUAAAAGCAUUCCUUUGAGCAUCUGUAAAACUUUGAGGGGACCUUUUUUUCCUUUAUUUCCCUAUUUUUUUUUAGGGGAGUGGGGGGCAAUAAGAUGGAGGGAUUUUUACGCUCUGCAUCCUUUCUUGUUUUGUUUUCCUUAUAAUUCCCAUCUGUAGAGGGUACAAUUCAAGAAAGCAGUUUGUUUUCGCACGCGAGUCGAAGGGCACUCUGUAUUUUAUACAAUGAAUACUUAAAAGAAAUCAUUGCAGGCUAUGUGAAAUGGAAAAAAAUGCACAUGGCCUAUUUGGUCUUCUGUUGGAUUCUAUGAAAGGACUUGAAUUUAUCCCCACACCUCCUGCUCCUAACUCCCCUCCUCCCACCCCACCCAAGUUGACCCCUUUGUACACACACAUAGACACAUGCACGCACAAUUGUAACCCCAUGUCACCCCUACCACUACCACCAACUUUUCUUUAUUCACAAAGUGGAGGUUCUGGACCAGGUAUUUAAGCAAUUUAUUUUUCUUAGUUUAACCUGUGUUUUUAUCCCCUCCCCCUCCCCCUCCCAUAACUCUUUAGGUUGCAUUUUUUUCCUUUUUCUUUUUUUGUUUUCUUUUUUUGUUUUUUGCUAUUGUUAAAUUAGAGGCUAACAUCUUAAAUGGCUAUGGGACUGGCUUGGGCUCUGGGUGCGAGGAGAACCCACUCUUCUUGCACAAAACCUCUGUAUAUUGAAUUACCUGAGAGGCUCGUUGAGCUUUGUGUGUUGAUUAAACUGUGUAAUAAAAACCCAUGAUUCCUG